AUGAGAGGACGGUAUGCAGUGGGAAGCCCUACCCUCGCCAGACAUGCCAAAGUCGCAUGUGUUUGUUCUGGUCCUGGCUGUAGCUCUGUACCUCCUGUCUCCUGCAGACCCAUAGGCCAGCAUCGUGAUACCAUCCGCUUUCGUCAACUGUUAUGUCCGGACCCCUCCUGUGAUGUGUGUAAUAGCACAACUGCUGAAGUCAAUCAACUGCUGUUUCCGGAGAUCCUGGAAGAUGCUACUCCCUCUGUGUCUCCUUUGGCUUCUGUAGCUCCUGUGACUGAGUCAUCGUAUUCUCUGUCUCCUGCCUUCUCAGUAGUCCCACCAAAAGACCCACUCCCUGCCCCUCUGCCUGAGUCUUUCCCACUGCCACCCCGUAUUCUCUCCCCUGAACCAACGACCCCCUUAGCUGACUUUUUUUCACCUUCACCACCCGGUCACUCCCUGCCACCAGAACUUUUUCCUGCUUUGAAGCCCAAAAUCCCAGUGGACAAUUCCCCACCCCAAUCUCUUGUUAUUGCCCCUCUCCCACCACGUGACACUCAGAGAGUGGAUCCUGUUGUCCAUACAGAGGCUGCUUCAUCUCUGAAUACCAUCUUCUCCCUUGAGUCAACCCUUUCCCAAGAUAUCAAGUCCUCAUCAGGUUUAUCACAGACUAUGAAUCCCACUGACUCAUUUUCUUGUCCUCACAUCCAAACAGAUCUGUCUAUUUCACCACCACCAGACAAUACUUUCACUGUGACUCAAUCUAAAUCAAAUUCCAUCUUAUUGAAGCCUGUUCCAGCGGACUCAUGUUCAGAUAAUCCUGGCACAUUAUCUGCUUAUGUCCCAACAGUUGCAGGCACUGACCAUUCAAACCUGUCAAUGUCAGACUUGUCCUGUUGGCAGGCAUGUGCCAAGAAUAUGUUCCUCCCCACAUUAUCACACUCUGAUUUUCAGCAAGAGUAUGUUUCCCUCCACCUACCAGAUACUUGUCUCUGGGGAGAUUCUGCUACAAAGCACAUGGAAACCAGUAGUGAUUCUUCCCCUAGCCUUAACAUUCAGGCACACUUGGAGAGACAAAUACAAAAGAGAGUUGCUUUUCAGAUUUUAGAGAAGAAAGAAAUGAAGGAGGGAUCAUUUUCAAAACAUAUGUUGUCAGAAAACUACUGGACAUCUUCAUGGAAUUCAGUGCAGCCAUUUGAAGUAGAGGACAUGACAGCCCCUAAAACUGGCUGGAACUUCGAAGACAAACCAGAGCAGCUGCACGUUAGCCAGAAGCUCUUUUAUGUAAAGACUUUGGGGGGAAACUUGCAGCAGAAAUAUAGCCAGCUCUUCUGGGGGCUUCCAUCUUUGCACAGUGAGUCCCUAGUGGCUACUCUCCUGGUUUCUAGAAGUAGUUCCCCACUAGAGUCUCGCUUUGUCUUAUUCAAUGGAAUCUGUAAUGCUCCUGCAGUCAAAAUGCAGCAUUUAGGAUCUUCACCACCUCCUAAUUUCCACCUCCUUCCCCUACCCAAUGUACAUCCUCAAAUCAAGCCCCCAUCCCAAUCUUCCACUCAGGUCCAUCCCCAGGCCCACCUUCAUUCUCGACUUCCUAUACUAUCAUCUUCUCCAUUCCAGACUAGGGAAUGUGGAGUGUCUUCCCCUGGAUCCCAGGAUGAGUCAUACUCUCAUAUAUUGAUUGAAAAUGAAGACCGAGAAUGGCCUGUGUUGCAGAAGAGACAGGAAGGUUUGUGGGGUUUAGACCCCAUUCUCCAAAAAUCUCAAGAAGCCAUUUGUCCUCAAGAUCUCAACCCUCCAUUGGUCAGCCGGCCAUCCCAUGACUAUGCACCAGUUUCCAUCCUUCCUGGAAAUUUUCACAUCACCAGUGAACCUGAGGAGAAACUGCAGCUCCAUGUUCCAAGGAAGACAAUCCUAAGGAGGUGCCUUAAUGACUGUAGGAAUGUAGACUCCCUCGCACUGAUGGCGCCUCAGAGUAAAUUAACAAAAAUAUCUCAGCAGCAAGGCAAACAUGCUCACUUACAACUCUCUGAGCUUCAGGGCCAGAGUAGUAAAGAUCUAGCCAAGCCUGAACUGAGUCUCCCAGGAAGUUUCUAUAAGAGGUUUCCACAAAAGUUUCAGCUAAGAAAGGACAUGCAGAGAAAUCUUGGGUAUAUUCUAGAAAAGAGCCCAGAAGACAUCCCACAGAGGAUCUCAGAACGCUACUUUCUGAAGAGUCUGAGGGCUGCCUCAGACACAGGACGUAACUGUGUGCGUCACUCAAGUAAUCACUUAAGAAAUGAAUUAUUAAAUGUCUCAAGGAGUGACCUUGACCAGAAUCAAAUGAAAACGAUACUUAGAUUACAUCUGAACAAGAAAUUCUGGCAGAUCACUGCGGGGAGGAUCCCUAUAGGUGUGUGUCGUUCCUGGCUGGCUCAGGACAAUACAUCACCUCCCGGGAGUUCCCAGACCAAUAUGGAAAACACAAAUUCCAUACACACAAUGGUAGGUGGUGUGUACUGCCAGAUUCCCACUCUAGAGCUCUCUUUUCUUGAUCCUGACACCCGAGAAGUGUUAGAAGCCCACAUUAUAAGGUUUCGUGUGAAUCAGAGGUGGGGUCUACCCCUCAAAGUUGUUGAAUCCAUAAAGUUCUAUACAUCGAGAGAUGUCAAAACAUGUCCUCUUCCACAAUGUGGCUUUUCCUCCUCAGCCACCCAUAUUUCUGGUGUAGAUUCCAAAGCUGAGGUUUCCAAGUCUCUUGAGGGAAGCUCUAAAACUUUUCAGGGAAACAAGGUGAGAACAACAAAUUCAGUCACUAUUCUGGAUCAUCCUCUCCUGGAUUCUUUAUCUGUGGGCAGUGAAGGACAGGGGGCCCUGAAACCAUCACACGCUGAUAUGGACUAUAUGCCUGUAGAAGACGUCCAGAUAUUUGAGCAUGGCAGACAGUCAUUUCAGACUGUCACUCACAGCACCAUAGAAAAUGUGAGUCAGAAUGAGACUGUAGUAGACAACAGUUGCUGCACAGAGGUGCCCACGAAGCAAGCUGAGUCUAGACCUGAACCAAGGGAUGAGAACGUGAAUUCCAGUGAUAGAGCAGAAAUGAUUCAAGGCCAAAGGACAGUAGAGAAGAAUUUAGAACAUUUUUGCAUGUCCAACAUGUCCAAGGAAAUGUGCAAGGCCAAAGAAGUGCAUGCUGUUAAAUCACAAUCUUGUGACCUCUUGACAACCGGGGAGUUGGGAAGCUCCCAAAGGAUAAAUGUCGAUAGGAGUAAAGUAGUAUCUACCCUGACCACUGAAUGUCACUCACCAAAAAUAUCAUUGCCCCACAAUUCUAAACCAUCAGAACUGAAAAAGCAGGUCCUUGAUGAGUUAAAGUUUAAACUGGAGAGCUGGGAGCAAAGCCAGGCUCAAGGCUCUCCCAUUGACAUGUCUUCUACUUCAGACAGGUUGCCUUCCCAGUCUUUACUGACUCAGUCUCAAAGCAUCUCCACUGAGGACAUGGGACCUUGCCAGGUACUUAAUGUCCACUUGGAGGACAGCAGGAUAAUCAGAGAUCUGAGGCAGCAACCCUGGGUCUCUAAGUAUGUCUUACGGAAGUGCCAGGAUAAUGAUUUCCCACCAGCUGCAAAGAAAGUGGGACCUCUGAGCUCCAAAUUAGAAGAAUGUGGAAGUGAGGCUUCCGGAGUAGUGACAUAUAAAGCCAGAAAGAAGAGCCACCCUGUUGAUGACGGAGAAUUAGAGAGCACUUUAUCAUCUCUGUCACAGAAUGAACAGUUUCCUCCUGAUAGUUACUUCAGAAAAAAGAUAAGACGAUUUUUUCAGUGGAUCAAUUCCAAGAGAAACAUCAAUGUCCAGGAAAGCCCUCAGCAGCAACACUCAGCUGAAAGUUCAGCUAUCUUUGUGGGUUUUGGGCCUCCUGAAGUUCAUGGGGUCAUAAAAGCCAUGGAGAAGAUCCUAGAGGAGAAACUGGCACGUACGUACAAACCUGAGGCCUUGGACUUAAGUCAGCAGAAGGAGGAACUGCAGGCCCAGGUCGACCCUGACAAGGGACAUCCCUCCAACUAUGGGGAUCUCUCUGAUGCACGGCAGGAGGAAUGGGCAGGUACCAACUGCUGCAACCAAGAAGCUGUCUCUGCUGAUCAGAGUUGUCAUACAAGUGCUAUAAGGAACAGAGUUAGACAUUCCCAGAAAAUUGCGGCCUUUAAGGACCACCUAUUACGCCAGAGUCAACACCCUUCCCCACCCUCCAGGGACCCCAUGCCUGAUCCACACCCCACCUGCAUACAUGAAACAUGCCAGGUCUGUCCAGCCACCCUCACUCACGAUGAAAGCACUGUGUUCAGAGAUUUGACUCUUCUAUUCAAACAGAAAAUGCUUCUCCAGUACUUCCAGGGAGAAAAAGUCCCUACCCAAAAAUCAUUCGGUCCUUGUUGA